AUGACUAGACUAUUAGCUGAACUCGCGGAGAAGGACCUGAACAAGCUAGAGGAGAGUGACGUUGAGGAAGAGCUGGAUGAGCUGAACCAGCUAAAUAGGAGUGACACCAUAGCUGACUUUGGACGAGCUGAACAAGAUGGACCUCAACGAGGUGGAUCUAAGCCCGAAGACAAGACCGGAUCAGCCAUGACUUUCCAACUCAUUCUACACAAGCCUAAGACCCAUUCUUUCUCUCCAGUGUUCUAA